CGAAACAAUCAAUAAGAAAGUAUAAGAAAAGUCACUUAAAAACACGAGAACAUAAAGUAUUAAAAAAUUGUAAUACUUUAUAAGUUAUUUAGCAUUUCGGCUUAUUUGUUUCAUCUUAAAGGUGAUAAUGACAAGAAAAAACCAGCAUCCUAUUAUAUUAUUACGAGAAUUAAGAUGAAUUAAAAGAUUCGGUUCAUUGUUUGUAAGACUUUUCUUCAAUUAUCAUCAUUUCAUCGGAUAGUUUACACACUAAAAAGUAUCAAAAAGUAUAAAAAUGAAUAAUUUGGGAAUGGCGCGACCUGAUAUGUACAGAGGAGGCCCUGGAAUGUGCCCGCCGCCUGAUUUUAAACCACCAGCAGAAACUCAAAUGCCUGCAGCUCCAAGUAACCCGAAAAAACGGAGAAAAACUGCUGCAUCAGCUGCAAACAAUGCAAUUCAACCUACUCCGCCUCCAACACCUGCUGAUCUUCUUCCACCGCCACUUACAGGAUAUGGUGAUACAAUCGUGGCAUCAAAUCCUUUUGACGACACACCACCACAAAGCACAAUGAGCCCUAUGGGUAUGUCGCAUAUGUCUCACAUGGGAAUGAACCCUCAUCAUCAUCAUAUGAAUCCUCAUCAUAUGGGACCACAUCCAGGUGGUCCCGGAAUGCGCGGAAUGAAUCCAAUAAUGAUGAAUCAAAUAAAUAAUCCAGGAAUGGUCGGUCCACAUAUGGGAAUCAAUCAUCACAUGAAUAAUCGAGGCAAUAUGUCACCAAUGGGAGCACCGAUGGGUGGACUUUCGCCAAUGGGAAAUAUGAAUCCAAACUUAUCACCAAUGGGCCUCCAACAUGGACUCUCAAAUCAUGGAAUGAGUCAAAUUGGACCCGGUCCAGGACGACCAAUGACGAAUUCUCCAAUGCCAAUCGGCUCUCCAAUGGGUAACUCAAUAAGUUCACCAUUAAAUUCGGGCUCUUCAAUGAACAAUGGACCACCAAUGGGCCCUCCAAUGCACAGUCCUCAUGCAAAUGGCCCAAUGUCGGGUCCGGGGAAUAUGCCACCAGGAAAUCGAAUGAAUGGCGGUCCAAUGAAUCCUCAACAAUCUCCACACCAGCAAAUGAGUAACAGUGGCGGGCCAAAUAUGAUGAAUAACAACAAUAGUUUAACACCAAUCAACAAUAACAACAACUCACCAACAACAUCGAUGGCGAACAAUCAACAGAGCAACAAUAACAGCAAUAACGGUCCCAAUUCAAUGCCUGUAAGCAGUAGUAGUGUAGCAAUGAGUAAUGCGAAUACAAUCAACACAUCGAACAUGAAUCAAAUGGGUGGUCCAAUGAUGAACAUGAUGAACAAUCCUGGACAGAUGAAUAUGGGCCCGAAUCAGGGGCCACCAAUGGGGAUGUAUGGUGGACCAAAGCCAAUGCCUGUUAGUGCUGGCAAAGUUUAUCCUGCUGACACGCCAAUGGUAUUCAAUCCCCAAAAUCCAAAUGCACCACCAAUUUAUCCAUGUGGAGUGUGUCAUAAGGAAGUUCACGAUAAUGAUCAAGGACUCCUGUGCGAGUCUGGUUGUAAUUUCUGGUUUCAUCGCACUUGUAGUGGUCUUACGGAAUAUGCCUAUCAACUCAUUCAUUCAGAAGUGUACGCUGAAUGGUGUUGCGAUAAAUGUCUCUCGUCAAAGAAUAUACCUAUGGUGAAGUUCAAACCAUAGAAUUUAAUGUUUCAGUGAGUAAAUCCAUAAAAAUGCAAAAUGUUCAAUUUAGCUAUCGUAGAAAUGUGAGAAAAAGCUCUUAAGAAGAUGAAAGAUUGAAGAAGCAUUAAAUGAUUUAUUGAUGGAUUUAGUUAUGUUAAAGAAUGUGAAAGAAGUAAUAAUGCCUUAAACCACUUUAAAGAAGCAGUAAAGAUUUGCGAUGAAGAAGCAUCUUUAAAUAGCUUAUAAGGAUAGCAUAAUAAUUUGUAACACCCGAGGUUCUGUGUAUUUAGAACGAUUCAUACUUACACAAAUAAUACGAACACAAAACCUUCUUUUGAAUCAUUAAUUAAUCUUUUUUUUUGAAAGAGAUUCAUAAGCUUUUAAGCAACGUGAAAAUUUAACAAAAUUUAUAGUUUCAUAUUUAAAUUUACUACGUAAUGAAUGAUAGUUACAUCCAGUUUUAAUAAAAAGAUAUUUUUUUUCUUUUAUUUUUAUUUUCCUUCACGGUAUACACAAAAAAAACGAUUACGAAAACAUUUGAUGAAC